CUUCACAGAUGAUUGCCAACAGCAUGGUGAGCCUGGAAAAUUUAUAGCCUGAUAUGUGCAUGAAAGAGGCCACACGGCUGAGAUUCACUGUUCCGGCCCGAAACAAGUGAUUUUUGGAAACUCAGGUCCAGCCACAAAGGUGCGUUCUUGACCCGUCCCCAGUGCACACGGACUCGAUUCUGCUGAACCGUCAUGAGCUUGCUUUUACGAAGAACCGCCUUAGCCUCGGUAUCACCAAAAUACCGUCUACAGAACACAGCCCAUCUAUUGGCACGCAACGCGUGCAAGACUGCGCCCGUGUUGUUGCGUCACUAUGCAUCCUACGGCAAUUACGGUUAUGGUGAUUACGAUAAUUACAAUUCACCCAUGGGCGUAUCUGACAGCUGGGGAUCCAGUGUCGGCCGUAAAUCGCUCCCCAGAAAUACGAUCAUUAAAUUUGUGCCUCAACAAGAAGCGUGGGUAGUGGAACGUAUGGGUAAAUUCCAUCGAAUGCUCGAACCCGGUCUCAACAUUUUGGUGCCUGUCAUUGAUCGUAUCAAGUACGUGAAAAGUUUGAAAGAAACCGCCGUCGAAGUCCCCAGUCAGAGUGCCAUUACACAAGACAACGUCACGCUUGAAUUGGAUGGUGUCCUAUAUUUCAGAGUGAUUGAUCCAUUCAAGGCUUCUUAUGGUGUGGAAGAUGCAGAAUUUGCUAUUACGCAACUUGCACAGACGACCAUGCGUGCUGAAAUUGGUCAAAUGACGCUCGAUCGUACGUUGGCCGAACGUGCCCAUCUUAACGCGAACAUUGUGGAUGCGAUCAAUUCGGCAGCGGAUGAUUGGGGUAUCCGAUGCUUACGUUACGAAAUCAGGGAUAUUCAUCCCCCGGCUAAAGUCGUGGAAUCCAUGCAUCAACAGGUGUCGGCCGAACGUACCAAACGUGCUCAGAUUCUGGAAUCCGAAGGUGCCAGACAAGCCGCGAUCAAUGUAGCCGAAGGUCGUAAACAGGCCACCAUUCUGGCUUCCGAAGCUGAAAAGGCCGAGAAAAUCAAUAUGGCGUCUGGUGAAGCUGAAGCCAUGCUUUUACGUGCUCAGGCUUCCGCCAAAAGUAUCGAAAAGGUGGCACGAGCCAUUGCAAUGGACCGUGGUAAUGACGCCGUUUCCAUGACCGUCGCUGAAAAAUAUGUCGACGCAUUCGGCAAAUUGGCCAAGGAAGGCACCACCUUGAUUGUGCCCGCAGCAGCCCACGAUGCCGCUUCAAUGGUCGCUCAGGCCUUGUCGGUGUUCAACACGAUUAACACCAAGCAAAAGGCUGGUUUAUCGUCUCCACCGUAUCCCCCCUCUGGAUCUAACUCGGAAGCAUCACCUUCCAUUAAAGACGAAAUGACAAAUGAUAUCAUGAAAGCGACAGAGCGUGAAUCUUCCUUUCAAGAACCCAAAGAGACGUAAAACUUGAAAAAAAUUAAAGAAACUCUUUCAGUCAUGGAAAUAUAGCGGCAAGUAUUAUGGGAUUUCGUUGAAGUAAAGAAAGAAAAAGUUCUUAUCAAGGAGGAUCAUAUGUUCGAGAGAAGAAAUUGCAUGCUUGUAAAAAAAAA